GUUUCUCCCGGACAAAUCUAAAUAGACGCUCAAUGGAGGUAAAUGUAGAAAAAAGUGUGAAGGUUUGCCGAAUGGGUAAACUUGACAAGAAACUUCUCCGUAAACAGAUUAAAUCCAGUCACACUUUGCUGAAACACGAAGGAAUCAGUACUAGGUCGGAACCCACUAAGAGUUUGGUGGUAGCUAAUGGUGGCCUAGGGAAUGGUGUCACGAGGGAGGAGCUGUCUGCUCUGCUCAAAGAGAUGGGAGAGGUGGAAAGCCUCGUCAUGCCCCCUCACAAGCCCUAUGCUUUUGUCACAUAUGGAUCUGAGGAGAAUGCCCGGAAAGCUCACAUCCACAUGAAUGGUCAAACACUUAGGUGUGGAGCAGAGAAUAGUGUGACUCUCUACCUCAGCUUUGUUGGCUCAGUGCCAUGUGAGCAGCAGGCUUGUGUGACUUUGCCAGUUGGACUAGUGUUGGUAGAGGAUUUUGUUUCUCCAGAGGAAGAAGCUUUACUGCUUGCUGCCAUUGACUGGUCAUCCACUAGUGAUGCUGUAACUGCACAAAGAGCUCUGAAGCACAGAAGAGUCAAACAUUUCGGCUUUGAAUUUCGCUAUGACAAUAACAAUGUGGACAAAGACAAGCCAUUACCUGGAGGUCUUCCCGAAGAGUGUCAGCCUGUACUGGAAAGAAUUAUGGAGAAUGGACAUACAAAGUUCAUGCCCGACCAGCUGACUGUGAACCAAUAUGAGUCUGGACAGGGUAUCCCUCGUCACGUGGAUACUCACUCUGCCUUUGAGGACACCAUCCUUUCACUAAGCCUGGGGGCGAAGACUUUGAUGGAGUUUCGCCAUCCCGACGGCCGUGUAGUAAGUGUUGCUUUGCCAGCACGAAGCCUCUUGGUGAUGCAAGGAGAGAGCCGUUACCUCUGGACACACGGAAUCACUCCUCGUAAAUUUGACAUGGUGCCCGCCUGCGACUCACAAUGCUCAUCUUCUACAACAUGUGACCUGAGUGCCAGCAACCAACUCACCUUGACCAAAAGAGGCACUCGAACGUCUUUCACUUUCCGCAAGAUUAGACAUGAACCUUGCUGCUGUGCUUUUCCCUCCGCAUGUGAUAGUCAAGUAGCUUCCUCUCCACCAUCUCCCCCCAUACUUCCUCGAGGCCACGGUGAUGCAGCCCGUCUGGAGGAGAAGUACGUUCACCGGGUUUACAACACAAUCGCCCCCCACUUUAGCAGCACAAGACACUCCCCUUGGCCACGUGUGUGCCACUUCCUGUCCUCGCUCUCUCCUGGAAAUGUGUUGGCCGAUGUUGGCUGUGGAAAUGGAAAGUAUUUGGGUGUCAACCCAGAGGUCAUUAGUGUGGGCUGCGACCGGAGCAGAGCGCUCGUCCAAAUCUGUGCUGAGCGAGGUUUCCAAGCACUUGUUUCCGAUGCCCUCUGUGUCCCACUUCGAACAGCUACUUGUGAUGCCUGUAUCUCUAUUGCAGUCAUACACCACUUUUCCACACCAGAGCGUCGCUUGGCAGCUGUGAAGGAGUUGGUGAGACUUUUGAAACCUGGGGGUCAUGCUCUCAUCUAUGUCUGGGCUUUUGAGCAAGAGUACAAGCAGCAGAAGUCCAAGUAUCUCAAAGACCACAACCCGAGAAACAACGCAGCCAAGGACAACCCUGAGCUUCACGGAAAAUCCAGUGUCUUUGCCGGAAGCAACCCUGAAGAUAACAAGAAAAGGCCUUCAGAUAAUUGCAAACUGACUGAUGACAAACUUAGUGUUCAUAUUAAUCGCACAGCCUUCAACUCUCGGGACCUUCUUGUUCCGUGGCAUCUGAAAGAGGGGAAAGGAGAAAAAAGAAGGGAGGGUGACUCAGGAGAGGGUGUCUUCCACCGUUAUUACCACGUGUUCCAGCAGGGAGAGCUGGAACAACUGUGUGUGCAGGUGGAGGGAGUCAAAUUGCAGACUAGCUACCAUGACCAGGGUAACUGGUGUGUUAUUUUAGAGAAGGACUCCAUAAGAUGAAGCCCAUUAAAGGAUCAAAAUUUGUGGAAAAGAAUGCAGUAUAGGCUAAGGUGCAAUCAAAGAUUAUUUUAACAGUGAACAACACUCAGAGUGCAGAACUGUGCAGCAGUUAAAAUGUUAACAAAAGUGGAAAUAAAAUUUGUGGUGUUCUAUUUU